CAAGCACACAUCCAAACACAAAAAACUAAUCGUAAAUAGUAAAAAAAUAUACAAUGAAACUGUACAUGUUAAAUCAGUUUACUGUAGCUUGUCAAUGUCAUGCCUGUUAUCAAUGUUUGUUGAUCUUUACAUCAACUUUCUUGAAAAUUCUAGAACACAAGAAAAUAAGUUAAAGAUACCUUCUCAAUAUAAACUUACCAAUAGCACUUCUAAUUGGGAUUUAGCCGUAGAUUGUGUUAGGUAUUUAGUGUUCAAUGGAGGCCUGUACCAGGCUCGGGGCUUAAUUACCAAUCUCUCAAAUGAUUUGAGAGAAAAUUUUCAUUUAGAAGCGUAUGAUUCUUUACUUGUAAUGGUAAACUUCGUCUUGUUCCCAUUACCAUUUCCUCUAAAAUGCUACGAGGAUUGUUGUUUAACAUCUACUAUUCUAGUUGAGAUAGUUGAUGAAAUGUCUGUUGACCUUGAGUUACUGAAUGAUGUUUUCAGUCCACUUCUGAAGUAUGAUAAGUUUGUCAGAGACUUACUCCAGAUUUCAAACGAGGUUUAUGGUUCUGGAGCUAGAAAUAUCAAAGAUGACCUCAGAACAUACAUAUGCAGAUCCGAUUACUUUAUACACAUUGAUAACCUUACAAAGAAUAAAACACAAGAAAAUGAAUUUUGUAAAACAUGUCUAUACGAUAAAUGUUUAUGUGAAUUUAGUAGAAAAAAUGAUACUAAAGACGGCCACGUGGCGUACAAGUUAGUCGAGAUAAACUUGGGGGCUUGCUCAUUAUCGAACUAUUCACGCAAAUUAUACAAAGUACACGAUAAACUACUACGGACUUAUCUUAUUGAUUUACAUGAUUUGGAUGAUAAGCAGGCCAAGAGGCUUUUGUUAGAGAAGGAAAAACUACAUUUAUACAAUAAUCCUGAUACUUGUUUCACAUACCCAAUAUAUGAAUCACAUAGAAUGUAUCUCGAUAGAUACAAUCCCAUAUUUGGUAAAAACAGAGUUUGUGGAGUUUUAAUUCCAGAUAUCAACUUUUUCAACUUUUAUGACACAUAUUUCAUAUCAAAUGACAUGUUCGAUAAAUACGGAGUUCAUGUGAAAACAGCAACGCAGCCUGUGCUUAUAGAGUGGAUGAAGAGUAAGACUUUUUUGUUGGUUAGUGAUUGGGAAUACAAUACAGACGGAACUGUCAAACUAUUAAAGUAUGCCGAUUAUACGAGUAAACUUCAUCCUGGGAGAUUGGUAAUAAUAAUGGGCUCACAACCAGACCUAAACCGCCUGAACAAACUUGAAUGUUUUGAAGUUAGUACAGUAUAUUCGAGAGAUUAUUAUGAUUCGUCUGAAAUGGUUACUGAUGAUUCUGUGUUUCUAAGAAAAUUUCUUGAGUUUUCAGAUGCUGUUAAAAUCCCAAAUACUUUGGCUCAACUGGUAAACACUAAACGAGCACAGAUGUACUUCACCAAACCAGAAAACAUUGAAAGAUUGGUAUCUUCAUACAAUAAAAGGGUAAAGGGUAUCAAGAGGAAUAAUGGAAUGAUGGACCUGGUUAAACAAACUACUAUUCUACAAGUCGAUCCAUCACUGGAAUCGAGUUCAAAUAUUGUAAAAGAUGCUAUUCAAAACCCAUCUGAGUACAUUUUGAAGCCGAACAGAGAAAUUGGCAAAGGCAUUUUGUUUAAUGUCGAAAUUUCCGAGAGGUUAAGGGCCGGUCUGAAUAACAAGGAGGAACUAUGUCAAUAUGUUUUAAUGAAGAAAAUUAAACCGCCUUCACAACCAGCCUUGUUUGUAAAGAACUUGAAGAAUGGGUCAUUUGAAGUUAAGGGCCAUAAUAGUCUAACUGAACUUGGAGUAUACCACUAUGCAAUAUAUGAUGGAGACGAGUGUAUAGCUAAUGAACAGAAUGGAUAUUUAGCAAGAACUAAACCAGAAUUUGCAACAGGAGGAGGAUUGGGAUCUGGUCACGGAUUUGUUGGUACCCUGUUAUUAUAUUAGGGACUUAAUGUUUAAAAUUUAACCACAAUGGGUUUAAUGUUUUAAUUUUAAAGUCUGUUUUGUUGAGAUUCUUAAUUUCAACUGUUGUAAUAUCUUAUUAUGAAG